UUGGUCAGUUGAUAACAACGACGCAAGGCUACCUGCUCCCAUUGGCUGACUGCUCAUAGAGGGCGGAGCCUCUGGGAGACAGUUUGGGCAGGCUUUGUGGAGCUCAGCCCCAUCACUCUGCGGGAGAAGAGCCACCUCCGGGUAUUUGGAAGGUUAAAGGAUCCUUGUCCCGCAGGGCGAUGACCACACCGGCGGGCUCCGGGGCCGGCUACGGCUCUGUGUCCUGGUGGGGAAUGUCGCCAGCGCUGGACCUACAGGCGGAAAGUCCUCCCGUGGACCCAGGGUCUCAGGCAGAGACAGAGCACGAGAUCCCGGAGUUGGAUGCCCUGCUGUUAGGCUCUGUGGAUGGUCGCCACGUGCUGCGGACGCUGUCCAGAGCGGCUCUCUGGCCUCUCAGGAGGUUCAAUUUUUAUGUGUUGGAGAAUAAUCUGGAAGCUGUGGCGCGACACAUGCUGAUCUUCAGCCUAGCCCUAGAGGACCCCGAGAAGAUGGGACUCCAAGAGCGCUGUGAGACCUUCCUGGAGCUGUGGGGGAACGCGCUGCUGCGACCCUCGGUAGCUGCCUUUGUGCGAGCCCAAGCUAGCCGCCUGGCUCAUCUGGUCCCCGAACCUGAUCGCCUGGAGGAGCAAGUACCCUGGCUCAGCCUCCGGCCGCUCAAGUUCCGCGAGCGGGAUGCCCUGGAGGCCGUGUUCCGCUUCUGGUCUGGUGGGGACAAGGGCCCUGAGAUCUUCCCUAUGAGUCGCCUUUGGGACUCGAGGCUGCGCCACUACCUGGGUUCCCGCUAUGACGCCCGGCGUGGUGUUGCUGACUGGGACCUCCGCAUGAAGCUGCACGAUCGAGGGGCCCAAGUCAUCCACAUCCAGGAAUUCCGACGCUGGCGGGACACAGGUGUUGCCUUUGAACUCAGAGACUCAAGUGCUUACUCCGUGCCCAACAGGACCCUGGCAUCCGGUCGCCUCCUGAGCCACCGUGGGGAACGCGUGGCAGCGCGCGGGUACUGGGGGGACAUCGCCACGGGUCCCUUUGUGGCUUUUGGCAUCGAGGCGGACGACCAGAGCCUCUUGAGGACGAGUAACGGACAACCGGUCAAGACCGCAAGCGAGAUCACGCAGCAUAAUGUUACAGAGCUGUUCAGAGAAGUGGCCGCCUGGAGGGGCCCGAGAGCCAUUCAGGGCGACCUGGAGGAGAAGACCUCGCCCGAAUCGGAUGUGCCUACUCUAGAACCCUUUACUAUGUAUUUCCUGCCUCUCGAUUCUUCGCAGACUCUCCACCAUAAGACCUGCUACAAGGGCCGGUUCCAGCUGCUCUAUGUGUCCUGUGGGAUGGUCCAUCUACUCAGUCCUGAGCUUGGGGCUUGCGUGGCCCCUGGAGGGAACCUGGUUGUGGAAUUAGCUCGGUACUUGGUGGACCUGCGGCCCAAGGAGUUGAAGACAUUCUCUGACCGCGUUGGGGAGAUAGCGCGGGCGGCUGGGUUCGCCCCGCAUCCCGGAGCCAUACCAUCGGAGAACUUUGCGCGCUUCUACAAGUUAGGAGACUCUACUAGGGGUGGUGGAGACUCAGGUGUGGAAUCUGGACCCUCGACCUGCGAAGUCCUGGCCCCGCCUCCAGAAGCGAUAAGCCCACCCCAGGCUGACCCGGCCCCGCCUCUAGAACCCAUGAACCCACCCCAGGCUGACCAGGCCCCGCCUCCAGAAGCGAAGAGCCCACCCCAGGCUGACCAGGCCCCGCCUCAAGAACCCAUGAACCCACCCCAGGCUGACCCGGCCCCGCCUCUAGAACCCAUGAACCCACCCCAGGCUGACCCAGCCCCUCCUCCGGAAUCGAUGAGCCCACUCCAGGCUGACCCAGCCCCUCCUCCGGAAUCGAUGAGCCCACCCAAGGCUGACCCGGCCCCGCCUCCGGAAUCGAUGAACCCACCCCAGGCUGACCCAGCCCCUCCUCCGGAAUCGAUGAGCCCACUCCAGGCUGACCCGGCCCCGCCUCCAGAAGCGAUGAGCCCACCCUAGGCUGACCCGGCUCCUCCUCCGGAAGUGAUAAGCCCGCCGGUGGCAAUGUCCACAGUGAAUGCACCCUCAAAACCCAGGGACCAAGCAGUCCACCUGUAACUGCUGAAGCAGACCCCAGGAUUGACACCAGCUCAUGUAGCCAACCCUGAGCUCACCUCUGACUGUGUUCUUUCUCGACCCCAGUGUUAUAACUAGAAUUUCAAAUUCCCUUCCUGGAGUUCUCGGCUCUACGAUCAGAGGGGGUGGGGGUGUCCCAGAUUGUUCUCUUGAGUAUCCCGAGGCUAAUUGCAGGCUGAACGCACAGCCCUGGGUUCCAGGUCCUCUCCUUUGCCUUGGGCCUCUUUCUCUCGUGACGUGCUACUUUUGGGAGGCGCAGGGACAUCUCCUCCUCUGCAUGUGGUUCAAAUAAAGAACACAGGGUCA